AUGCGUGAAAUCGUUCACUUGCAGACCGGCCAGUGCGGUAACCAAAUUGGUGCCAAAUUCUGGGAAGUUGUCUGCGACGAGCAUGGCAUUGAGCCUGAUGGUCAGUACAAGGGAAAUAAUGACCUGCAACUUGAGCGUAUCUCGGUUUACUUCACCGAGACUGGCGGCAACAAACACGUGCCUCGUGCUGUUCUUGUUGAUCUCGAGCCUGGAACUAUGGACUCUGUUCGCUCAGGUCCUCUGGGUGGUCUUUUCCGACCCGACAACUUCGUCUUCGGUCAAUCUGGAGCUGGCAACAAUUGGGCUAAAGGACAUUAUACGGAAGGUGCUGAAUUGGUAGACUCGGUCCUCGAUGUCGUUCGUAAGGAGGCCGAGGCCACUGAUUGCUUGCAAGGUUUCCAAAUCACCCAUUCGCUUGGUGGUGGUACAGGUGCCGGUAUGGGUACUUUGCUUAUUUCCAAAAUUCGUGAGGAGUACCCGGACCGUAUGAUGUGCACGUACUCGGUUGUGCCUAGUCCCAAAGUUUCAGAUACAGUCGUAGAGCCCUACAAUGCUACCCUCUCCGUUCAUCAGCUCGUCGAGAAUUCUGACGAAACCUUUUGUAUUGACAAUGAGGCCCUUUAUGACAUUUGCUUCCGAACCCUCAAACUUUCUACACCGACAUACGGUGACCUCAACCAUCUUGUGUCCCUUGUUAUGUCCGGCAUUACCACUUGUCUGCGUUUCCCUGGACAGCUCAAUUCAGAUCUCAGAAAAUUGGCCGUGAACAUGGUUCCAUUCCCCCGUCUUCACUUCUUCAUGACUGGUUUCGCACCAUUGACUGCCCGCGGUAGUCAGCAGUAUCGUGCUGUCACCGUUCCCGAACUUACUCAACAAAUGUUCGAUGCCAAGAACAUGAUGGCUGCCUCAGACCCAAGACACGGACGUUAUCUCACUGUUGCCGCAGUAUUCCGUGGAAAGGUAUCAAUGAAGGAAGUCGAAGAACAGAUGCAGAACGUUCAAAACAAGAAUUCUGCUUAUUUCGUUGAAUGGAUUCCCAACAACGUACUCAGUGCGCAGUGCGAAGUAGCACCGAGAGGCCUGAAGAUGGCUGUUACCUUCCUGGGUAACUCUACUGCCAUCCAAGAACUGUUCAAGCGUGUUAGUGAUCAGUUCACUGCCAUGUUCAAGCGUAAGGCCUUCUUGCAUUGGUACACGCAAGAGGGUAUGGACGAGAUGGAGUUCACUGAAGCGGAGUCGAACAUGCAAGAUUUGGUUGCGGAAUACCAACAAUACCAGGAUGCUACCGUCGAGGAGGAAGGUGAAUACGAGGAGGAGCUCCAAGCUGAAGAAGAUCAGUAG